AUGGUCCCCGCAGGCCACCACCUCCUCCUUUUUGCGCUCGCUUCCCUCGGGGGCGCAGCGGCGGCCGGCGCCGGCGAGGGGUUCUGCUCGGCGGAACCGUCAAACGAUUGUUCUCAGUCGCCGCCGCUCUACUCGAAGGUCACCAGUCCCACUCUCGCACCCGUGCAUUUUCAAGAUUUACCUGGCUUCACACGUAGUGUGUACAAAAAGGAUCAUGCUUUAAUAACACCAGAAAGCCAUGUAUUCAGUCCUUUGCCUGAUUGGACCAACACGUUAGGAGCAUAUUUGAUUAGCCCAGCUCUUGGUGCACACUUCACUAUGUACUUGGCAAACAUGCAAGAUGGAUCAAAAUCAGCCUUACCACCGAAAGAUGUUGAAAGGCUUAUCUUUGUAGUUCAAGGCAGCAUUGCAUUGUCUGUGGAGAGCGGAACAACCCACUCCAUGUUGGUAGACUCUUAUGCUUAUCUUCCUGCAAACAUGAAGCACUCUGUGAUAUCAGAUAAACCAAGCACUCUUGUAAUCUUUGAGAGGAGGUACACAGCCAUUGGGGAUUACCAUGCUGAUCUAGUUGUUGGUUCAACAGAUAAGCAACCCCUCCUUGAAACCCCAGGAGAGGUAUUUGAGCUGAGGAAGCUGCUACCCACUUCUCUACCUUAUGACUUUAAUAUUCAUAUAAUGGACUUUCAGCCAGGCGAGUAUCUCAAUGUGAAGGAGGUUCAUUACAAUCAACAUGGGCUGCUGCUUUUAGAGGGACAAGGAAUAUAUCGAUUGGGAAAUAGCUGGUAUCCGGUGCAAGCAGGCGAUACCAUUUGGAUGGCGCCAUUUGUGCCUCAAUGGUAUGCUGCCCUUGGUAAAACCAAGUCUAGGUACCUGCUGUACAAAGAUGUCAAUAGGAAUCCACUGAUAUGA